AAUUGAUCAACGUAUUUGUACAAUAAUGGGUUCACGUUCGCGCAGUCCGUCGGUGAAACGCCGCCAUCAUAAGAGCAAACACAAAAAGCGCAGCAAGAGUAAGUCACACAAUCGCGACAGGGAACGGGACCAUGAGCACGAGCGCAGUAGCUGCACCCGCAGCAGUCGCACGGAUAGAGAAAAGUCGGCGGAGAUUAAUCAUGGUCGGCGAGAGCGCGAUAGGCAUCGCAGCGACAGGCACACUCACACGCACCUGCACACACACACAGAUCGCGACUAUCACCGGCACUCGCACUCCAAGUCCCGCAAACGCUCCAGCUCCUCGAGCAGUGAUAGCCAGCAGUACUCGGAUCACGAGACGCAACGCAGUCGACACAAGCGCAGUCGAUUCAAGAAACUGGAUGAGCAAAAUUUACUUCAGGUAGAGCGACUUGCCGAAAUGGAACGGCAGCGUCGACAAAAAGAAGCUGAGCAGAAAACAAUAGAAGAGCAGGCGGCCAAGCGCAUUGAAAUGCUCGUCAAGAAACGUGUCGAAGAGGAGCUCGAGAAGCGACGCGACGAAAUCGAGCAGGAGGUGAAUCGUCGCGUCGAGACAGCCAAAGCUGAAAUGGAACGUGAAAUGAUGCUGGAGCUGGAGAAGCGGCGCGAGCAGAUACGCGAAGAAGAACGCCGUCGCGAGGAGGAAGAAAAGCAAAAACGCGAAGAGCUCGAAGAAAUUUUGGCCGAAAAUAAUCGCAAAAUCGAAGAGGCACAAAGAAAAUUGGCCGAAGAGCGCUUAGCUAUCAUUGAGGAACAGCGUCUGAUGGACGAGGAGCGGCAGCGUAUGCGCAAAGAGCAGGAGAAGCGUGUCAAGGAGGAGCAAAAGGUCAUAUUGGGCAAAAAUAAUUCAAGACCAAAAUUAUCGUUUUCCCUGAAACCGGGCGCGUUAUGAGCCAUCAUUCAGCCAGUAGCGGGCGUUCCUUUCUGCCUUGUUGACAGCUUCUUGCUUUUCAUUUUCUUACAUUUAUUUGAUCACGAAUUGGCGCUUUGCUUGCGCUUAAAACCAA